AUGGGGCGGCUGUGGCUCAGAGGUAGAGUGUCGUCCACCAAUGGGAAGAUUGGCGGUACUAUCCCUGGCAUGUUCAAGUAUCCUUGGGUGAUCUUUGCCCUGAACCAGACGUUAUUACAGCAGGAGUCUUUAAGAGCAGGAAGCCUACAGGUCCCGUACACCACCGAAGACCUCAUCAGGCACUACAACUGUGGAGAUCUCAACUCCAUCAUCUUCAAUCAUGACACAUCACAGGUCCCUAACUUCAAUAACGUGACGCUGCCACCCAGCGAGCAGGUGACCGCCCAGGAAAUAGACAGCUACUUUCGACAGGAACUCAUCUACAAGAGGAAUGAGAGGAUGGGGAAGAGGGUCAAGGCGCUGCUGGAGGAACACCCUGAUAAGAGCUUCUUCUUCGCCUUUGGAGCAGGUCACUUUCUCGGCAACAACACAGUCAUUGAUGUGCUUCGCCGCCAGGGAUAUGAGGUGGAGCACACCCCUGCUGGGCAGCCCGUAAACAGGAGAUCAUCAUCCAGGCCCGACUCGCCAGGGUCAGAAGACCACCACGACGAGUCCCCUCUCCUGGAGCCUUUCCUCCACGAGCUCCCCCACAAAGAGGACGAUCAGGGGCGUCCCCUGGAGGAUGACCUGCUACCCCACAUGCUUCUGCCGCCAGAUAGCCUGGAGCUGCUGGAGAAAGCAGAGAGGAAAAUGCUGAAGAAAAAAAGGAGGAACAAGCAGAAGAAACAGCGGCACCGGCAUUUUAACGACCUCUGGGUUCGCAUCGAGGAGAGCUCUAUGGUCCAGUCUCCGCCUCCCCCACUGGUUCGCAUCAUCAAUGGUUACAUCACAGUGCAGCCACCUGACAGAGUCCACAGCCACCACAACUACCACCACGUAUCUUCAGCACCGACCACCUCCUCGUUCUCACCAUCUUUACUCGUCUUCCUCUGCACAUUGUUGACAGUGAUCCCACAGACAUGGACUGCGCUCCUUUAGUAGAGUAUCAGGUGGGACUAUAUAAACUCUCACAUGUGGUUUCAUGUGUCAGCGCAUGUAAAGCGAGGUCUGGCGAUGCGUCGUGAGACCUAGAGGAGGCUGCGAGAGUGUGGAGACUCCCAGAGACUUUAAUGAAAAAAAAGCAUGGAGAAAGGAUGUGAAAUCAGCUCUAGCUGUCAGGUAACAGUACACUCCACGGAUGUUAGGUAAUAUAACGUUUGUGUUGAAUGGUAAAUCAUGUCAAUAGAGCAUGUCUCUUACAAAGUGAGGCCUCGAAGAGCAUGCAAGUUCAUAAAGGUUUCUUGGAACAUAAAGGUUUCAUGAGGUUUUAGUUAGCAGGAGCGAGUACACAGAAUGCAGCAGGAAAGAAAAGCAAAAACUCACAAACAGGAAGUGUUAUCGGACAUCUCGCUGACAUUACACAACAUGUCGGUUCCCUUAUGGAUUACAGUGUUACAAAAGACACAACAUUCAAACCUCUGAGAAUAUGAGCUGUCACUGAGGCAACUGUUUAGUGAAUGAACACGAGAACAUCGCUGAAUAUCAAAUACCUUCAGUAAGUACAACUGGAACCAUAUGGCCUUUGUGUGUGUGUGUGCGACUGUGUAUGCGAGUAAAAGAGAGUGUGUGUGUGAGACAAACAAUAUGUCUAUCAGCUCUUAACCCCCCCGCCCCACACCGGCCUUACAAACAGGGGUAUUCCUCCCUGGACCUUAAUUUAUUCUUCCAUUUUAGAAGAAUCUGUUUAAUGUUUUACUCUGGGGGAAAUUGUACAUAUUGUUUCUAUAUAGAUGUAUUUUAGAAAUAUAAAAAAAAGGAAAUUAUCAGACGUUUUGUUGUUGUUUAUAUGAAUAUAUAAAUAGAUAUGCAGUAUAUUUUUAAAAAGUGAAAAUCAGGAACUAACCACCAUAGCCCGCGUCAUGUGUCUCACUGACAUAUGAUUGUAUUGUACUUUAUGUAUCAGUGUUAUCUCUUGCUUUGCUGUAUGUGUCUGCAGAAAGGAUUCACGUUAUGUGUGUUUGUUUCACAUAGAGAUCAUGUGUUUAAUUUAUUUAACUACGAUAGUUUUGCUGUAGGCCAUAUGAAACAUUCCCAAUAUUUGUUUUUUUUUAUAUAUAUUUUUUGCAGUCACUAUGGUGUCCAAAUGUGUUGUUUCAAAUGUUUUCCAGUAUGAUUUUAAGUGCAUAUGAUGGUAAUAAUAUUUCAGUUUUAAAUACCUGUCUACACAGAUAGACCACAUGCAGCAUAGUGCUUUAGGUCUUUCACAUUUCACUUAUGGCAUGAGAUGAUUGUAAUAGUAUUACCAUGGCAACAAUAAAAUAUUUAUCUAGAUGAAAA